AUGGCAGAAUAUUUGAAAGACUUCAUUAUUUGGCCUUCAUCUUCGAGAAUUAAACGCCAGUUGCCAAUAAGCUUCCGAAGUCGCUAUGCUGCAGUAGAAUUAAUCAUUGAUUGCUUAGAAAUCGAAAUAGAGAAGCCAACAGAUCCUGUCAAACAAUCACUGACUUGGUCUGAGUACAAAAAAUGUAAUACGAUUAAAUAUUUACUUUCUUGUACCCCUGUUGGAAUCGUCAAUUUCAUUUCACCGGGAUUCAGUGGUAGAACAUCUGAUGCUGAAAUAGUGUCACAAUCUGGAUAUUUGGAUCGUUUGAAACCCGGUGCCGCUGUACUAUCUGAUCGAGGCUUUAAGCAUAUUGAAAACUUGGUUAUUGCAAAAAGCUGCACGUUAAUUAGACCACCUACAGUAAGCUCUGCACAGAAACCAAGUCAUGAAGAGGUCAUUGCGACAAAGCGAAUUGCAAGUCUCUGUAUUCAUAUUGAAAGAUUGAUAAGAAGAAUACGAGAAUUUGAAAUUUGUGAACCUCAUUCAUGUGUUAACAUAAAGCUAAUUUCUCAAAUGGAUAAUAUUAUGACGAUCGUUGCUGCUUUAACGAAUUUACAAGGAGCAUUGAUAAAAAAGACAUAA